UGGUUAAAAGUAUCGAUAUGUUCUUCGUUUUCUGCACGAAGGCAUAAAACGAAGGAGAAAGAGAACAUUCAAGUUAGCGUGGCCGUAGUGAUCGGAAGCAAAAGGAGAAUAAAAUUAAGAACACUAUAAUUCAGAAGUGGUAACUGAACCUAAGCAAGUAAAAUAGGCAUAUGUCUAUUAACAUGGCUUCACGCAUUAAUCUCGGCGAACUCAAAUUGAUCGAAAUCAAAAGUUUCUGUGAAAAACUUGGCUUGUCCACAAAGGGAAACAAAGUUGCACUAAUUGCGCAGUUAAGUGCGGUACUACCGUCUGAAAUUGCACCGGAGUUGUACUACGAAAAAGUGGAGUCUUCUGGUGAAAUUGGUGCUGAGAUGGCUGACGCCAAGGCAGCCAACAACAACAACAACGAAGACCAAGGCGGUGAGAUGGCUGUCGCCAAGGCAGUCAACAACAACAACGAAGACCAAGGCGGUGAGAUGGCUGUCGCCAAGGCAGUCAACAACAACAACGAAGAACACGGCGAAGAAGAAGAUGAAGACGUUUACGGCGACGAACUUAAGCUUGUCGAGACGAUUGAUCGUGAUGGCAUUCAACUCGAAGGAAACGGCGUUCAACCAAACCCUUCAACUUUUAGCGUGCUACGAAGUGAGUUGGGUGGCAACGCUGCGGGCAUGGAACAGGCGAUGCAAAAUUUACGUUUCGAAAAUGCUGACCGUCUUUUAAAGCCAGAAAUGAAUUUAAACACCGUCAAAGAGCUGCUCCCAGAAUACAACGGCAGUGGCAACAUAAACGAAUGGUUGUUGAUGGUUAAAAAUGUUCGAAAUGUGUUCAAAGUCAGUGAUGACGUCAUGCGUCCAUUAAUUUGCUCGCGUUUAAAGGGCAAGGCUAAUUUUUGGCUGUUAUCUCGCCCAUCACUGUUGUCUGGAAGUAUUGACCUGAUUUUGGCACAAUUAAAAAUUGUUUUUGGAACCAAGGAUAACGUAUUGGAAAUGCGACGCAAGUUUGAAAACCGCAAGUGGCAGUUCGGUGAGAAAUUCGCCGUUUACUAUUUUGACAAGCUUACUCUGGCACAAGACGUCGCUAUGACUGUUCACGAACUAGUUCAGUAUUUGGUAGAUGGCAUACAAAAUGUACAACUUAAAAACCAAGCGAAGUUACUACGUUUUGCAGUGCCUGCUGAUGUAUUGGAAGCCUUUCAAGAUGUAGAGAAACCCAAAGCUCCAGUACAACAAGGUAGGAUGCAAGGUACGUCUUUACCAAACGCCGUGACCCCGGAACAGAGGGUCAUCAAAUGCUUUAACUGUCACAGUUUUGGUCAUCAGGCUAAGGAAUGUCGCAAGCCAGUACGGGCUAAUGGAGCUUGCUAUGCCUGUGGAGAAGUUGGACACUUGGCUAGAGAGUGUUCAUUAUACAAGAAGAAAGAGAAUAACAACGAAUAUAGUGCCUCAUAGAUUCGGGAAGUCCCGUUUCGUUUCUAAAGAAAUCCGCAGUUCCCAGUAACGUAAUCAUUG